CCUCGUGCUACAACUACACGGCUGGAGAGCCGACUUGCUCGGCCCGAGGAAAUGGCAAGACGGAGCCAAUCACAGUGGAGUUGUAGGAUCCGAGGUUGAACACCCGCCUUGAUUGAUAUGCGCCUUCCCAAUAUGGCCAGGAGUUUGACUUGAGUUGACUUGACCAUUGAAGGCCGACUUAGGCUGGAACCUCGGCUUCAACAGGACAUUGCCGCCCUGAUUCGAUCCCGUCUUCAUAGUCUUUAUAGUCUUCAUAGGCUUUUCGAAUGUUCUCAACAUAAUCUCUUUGCCGAUUGCAGCAAAAUCUAGCAUUACAACGCUGUGCUUCAGUUCAAGCACUGAACAAAAGCAGACAGCUUCGAAAUCCACGAAAGCUCUUCCCGUUGCAGUUUCGUCCUCACACUGUAUGCUUUCGACCGCUUCUUCGAACCAUGGCAUCUGCAGGUAUCACCCAGAAAACGCGCGACACCACUGCGCAGACACCAACAGCAAUCAUUUCUCCUCAUGGCAGAACGGGCGACCCGUCGAUGCCGGCCAAGGCCCUUGGCAUCUUCUCGGGCGAGGUCUGGCUAGACCUCAUCCUUCGCUCAGACGAAGCUACCAUCGGUCUGGUAAAUUUCCUUCCCGGCGGGAGGACUGCCUGGCACCGCCACGAGAAGGGCCAGAUCUUGAAGGUCACUGGCGGGGCGGGUUGGCUCUGUGACCAGGGCCAGAAGCCGCGGCGCAUUGCUGCCGGAGACGUGGUCUAUUGCCCCCCCGGGGUAGUGCAUUGGCACGGUGCCGAUGAUGGAACGUAUAUGGUACACGAAGCAACCUCUUUUGGGCAGACCGACUGGUAUGAGGAAGUGAGUGACAAGGAGUAUGCAGCCAAGGAAUCUAAGUCGCAGAUGAAAAAUGGUGGUGUCCCUGGAGAAGGCCAGUGACGCUGCCUUACACGCGGGUUCGGGGUGUUAUUUUGGAUGUACUAGCAAAAGUGAAGCUGAGCAAUGAGUCUCUCUGCGCCGACUAUGUAGCAUGAGAUUCCCGCCCUCGCAGAUCAAUUCCCUCAAGUUGAGCCACCUGCAGAUCGAAACUUCCGGCUUCAUCCCUCCAUGACCCAUUGGUGCUUUGCUAUAUGUCGGCGGGUUUGCUUUUGUCGCGCGAGGCAUCAAUGAGGACCCUCUAACGUCGUACACUCUACACUUCUACGGUACGCUCUAACCGUCCACCGGCCACAUUGAUAGUGAACAGUGCUUUUGUUUACGCUG